AUGAGUGUUGGAUAGGUUCAUCCAAGUUGCUCAUCUCCAAUUGAUACAAAGGAUUAUAAAACAGGAUUAGAUUCACUCAAACUAUUUAAUACAAUUAGGUAAAGUAGACAUACAUCAAAGGAAACCACUCUCAUUAUAUCACCAAAACAUGGAAUAAGUAAUAGGGCAUUUUUAACUCCGAAACGCAGUUAGUUUACAAGUCAAGAUUAAAUUGUUGAAGAAGAUGAUUAUUUUAGAGAGCGAGUAGCAAAAAGCAAAUUUGAUGUUGCAUCACGAAGAUUGAUGAUUCUAUUGUCAUUUUUUAGACACAUUAAUCAAACUAAAGAGUCAGAUAAAACUUCAUAACUUAAAUAAAUUCAUAAGAAAAGAAAAAAGCUGCCAUUUUAUCCAAAUUAAUUGCAAGUCUGGAAAUACUUUAUGUAAUUUCAAACAUCUAUUACUUUAAUGUUGUAUCCAAUCUACAUUAGUUUAUCAGAUUAUCGAAGUUUAGAUGUGAUGACUAUACUUAUUUUGAUUUUGGAUAGCAUGUAUUUCAUAGAUAUCAUUCUUAAAUUAAUUACAUGUCAGAUUGAUAAAAACUAUAACUUAAUCAAUACAUUCUAAGCUAUUUUUCUAUUUAAUUUAUAGAGAUGGCUAGUAUUUGACCUCAUUAGUAUCAUCCCAUACAAAUUAUUUGUUAAUAGUUUUACUGAAUAAUUGUGUUUAAAUCUUUUAAAAUUAAUAAGAUUCAUUAAAUAUUUUAGCUAUAAUGAAAGAUAAAUAUACUAAGAAACGUAGAAAUCCAAAGACUAAUCCUAAUACUUUGAAAAACUAUUUUAAUUAGAAGGCAAGUUGUGGAGCAUACUAAAAAUAUUCAAAAAUAUGCUCAUUUUGAUUAGUUUAUUUGGUUGUUUGUUUUAUUCUGUAUAGUAAUAUGAGGGAAUAAAUGCAGAAGAUAAUGCCAUAUCAAUUUAUAUUCAUGGCUUAUACUGGGCUAUACAAACAGUCACCGUCAUUGGAUAUGGUGAUGUAGCUAUCACUACAUCUAUGCAAUAUAAUUUAACAAUUAUAUGGAUUUUUGUAGGAGUUGGAUUCUAUUCAUUCACUAUUGGCAAUUUAGCUGCAAUAUUGGAAUAACAAUCUUCGACUGAAGGAUUUGAUGAAGAUCUAGAAGCUCUUGAGACCCUCAUGUCUCAGAUCCUUAUUCCAGAAGAAUUAAGUGCUUAGUUAUUUUCCUAUUAUUAUUAUAAUAUCGAAAACAAUCCAUUUUGGAAUUACAAGAAAAUUAUUGAAACCUUGCCUUCUCAACUUAAAGUAUAUGCUAUAGCUUUUUGUCAAAAAUAACUGAUUGAAAAUGUAAAUAUCUUUGCCUUUGAUAUUAACUUUGCAGCAGCAAUUCUACCUCAUUUCACUAUCUACUGUUUUAAACAAUACGAAACAAUAUAUUUUAAUGGAUCUCCCAGUCUUGAGGUGUUUUUCUUAGUUGCUGGAGAAAUUCGUCUGUGUGACAAUGAUGGCAACACACUUCUUAAUAUCAAAGAAGGAUAUAUAUUUGGUGAAAUUGAAAUCCUCGAAGAUAGUAAUCGUAAACAAUCGGCUAUUGCUGGUAAAGACUCUGUAGUAAUUAUGUGUCCUGUAUUGCAAUUCUUACAAUUAGUGUAAGAAGAUGAAAAAUUACUAUUUGAGAUUGAGUAGUUAGGAUUAAGAAGAAGACUGUUAUUGCAAGAGAGCAUUUCCAGAAUUAAGAGUAUUUCAUUUCUUUAUUUCUCAAUAGAAAGUGCAAAAUAAAUAAAAAGAAUAAGCGCAAUGGAUGGAGAAAUGAUGAAUUAAUUUGUAUCAAAAAAGUAAAUUUUGGAAAGACAAUUCAAAAGAAACAUAGUUAAAGAUUCAUAUCAAUAAUUGCAUAAGAAAUUAAUGAGAUACAUUUUUGGAUAUAAACAAGAGAAGAAAUGGAAAUGGCUGUUAGAAAGAUUAUCGAUCAUAGAAAAUAAGCUUAAUUAUAAUCAAGAAAGAACCAGUAUGGUAAUGGGCAAAUAAAUGUUAUUAAACUUCGCUUAAGUGAGAGAAGCUGAAUAAGAUAUCUAAAAAAAGAUCUUGAAUGAUAAAAAGAGUGGAAAAUAUUAAAAAAGAGUGAAGAUUAAGGAUAUCUUAAAUCAUCAUCGAUAAAGUCGAAUAGCACCUAUGCUAAUAACACCCUCUCCAUAUUAUGAAGAUAUUAGAAGUGAAGUCAAAGAGGAAAAACAAUUUCAAAAACAAAAGUAAAAUUAAAUUGUUGAGUUAUCUAACAGACUUAUUAAAAUAAACUUAGUUGGGUAAUUAAAAAUAUUUAAUACUUUGUACCAAGAGCUAAUUUAAAGCGUUGAUAACUUAAACGAUAUUAAGUAUCAAACUAUUUCAUCUGUAGAAGAAAUGGAAUCAAUAUAUUAUUAAGUAUCUAUAUUGAUUGCAUCUAUUAUUUGA